AUGGCAAGCCUGAAAAGAAGCCGCACUAUGCCAACUGAUGGCGCUAUCUCGAAAUUCCUCUAUGUCAUCAUGAAACAACUAGAUCUCAAAUCGAUCGACUGGCAGCAAGUCGCCGAUCAGCUAGACAUUGCCAAAGGCCACGCCGCCCGUAUGCGUUACUCUCGCUUCAAACAGCAGAUGGAGGGUGUCCCAUCGGCUCCACGCAAGGCCCGAGCCACCGUUCCCCAUCAGAGGAAAGCCAAGCCCCACAAAUCCGGCCAAAAAGAUAAGAGACAGAAGGAAGAGCAUCAAGGGACAAUCUUCAAGGCGGAGAAAGAGGAGACCAUGGACGCAGUGUAUCAAGACACAGUCGUCAAGGUGGAGAAGGAAGAGGAUACGGACGCGGUGUUUGAGGGGACAGUCUUGAAGGUGGAGAAAGAGGAAGACUUGGACAUGAUGUCAGGCGUGGAGCCGUUUGUCAAGGACGAGGUCCGGGAUGAUGUGCACGGCAUGUUCUAG